CACACACACAGAGAGAAAAAGCAAACAUACAAAAAGCGUUAAAAAAAAAAAAAAAGAAACCCAUAUUUGUAACACCAAUUCUCUCAAACAACAACAAUCUGCAACACCACCAGAGAACAAACAACAAACAAUAAGAUGGGUUCAGAUGUAGGUCUAGAAACUUCGAAGCGAUUCCUAUCCACAUGGUUAAUCGGAGGUCUGGUGGCAGGCUUAUCGGUGGUGGCGGUAACCGCCGCUUGGCCGGAAUAUUCUCCGUUAAACAUCGUCGGAAAACGGAAGAAGAAGAGGCCUGUUCGUGUAUACAUGGACGGUUGUUUCGAUAUGAUGCAUUACGGUCACUGUAACGCUCUCCGGCAAGCUCGUGCUCUCGGAGAUCAGUUGAUUGUAGGUGUUGUUAGUGAUGAGGAAAUUAUUGUGAAUAAAGGACCUCCGGUUACGCCUCUCAAUGAAAGGAUGCUUAUGGUUAGUGCUGUGAAGUGGGUUGAUGAAGUCAUUCCUGAUGCACCUUAUGCUAUAACUGAAGAAUUUAUGAGGAAACUGUUUGAUGAGUACAAUAUAGAUUAUAUUAUUCAUGGAGAUGAUCCAUGCAUUCUCCCUGAUGGAACUGAUGCAUAUGCCCUUGCAAAGAAAGCGGGCCGCUAUAAGCAAAUAAAAAGAACAGAAGGGGUAUCAAGCACAGAUAUUGUUGGUCGUAUGCUUCUUUGUGUAAGGGAGAGAACAAGUAGUGAGAGCCCCAGUCAUGCUUCUUUGCAAAGACAAUUUAGCCAUGGUCACAACCAGAAAUAUGAUGAUGGUGGCUCUGGUAGCAGGACCCGUGUUUCUCACUUUCUUCCUACUUCUCGCAGGAUCGUUCAGUUUUCCAAUGAAAAGGGAGCUGGACCUAAUGCUCGUAUAGUUUAUAUAGAUGGUGCAUUUGACCUGUUCCAUGCUGGACAUGUGGAGAUUCUAAGACUCGCACGUGAGCUCGGAGAUUUUCUACUUGUUGGGAUCCACACAGAUCAAACUGUGAGUGCUAAUAGAGGGGCCCACCGUCCAAUCAUGAAUCUCCAUGAACGAAGCUUAAGUGUUUUGGCUUGUCAGUAUGUGGAUGAGGUUAUUAUUGGUGCUCCAUGGGAGAUUUCGAAAGAUAUGAUCACAACCUUUAAUAUCUCUUUGGUUGUACACGGGACAGUGGCAGAAGAUGAUGAUUAUUUAAAGGAUAGUCGUGAUCCGUAUGACGUUCCAAGAAGUAUGGACAUCUUGAAAGUGUUAGAAAGUCCUCUUGACAUCACUACAAGCACAAUAAUAAAGAGGAUUGUAUCAAAUCAUGAAGCUUAUCAGAAACGUAACGAAAGGAAAGGAGAAAGUGAGAGAAAGUAUUACGAGGGUAAGAGUUACGUAUCAGGUGAUUAAUAUAUACAUACACAUGAAAUCAUAUAUCCAAGGGUAUGUAUGUAGCAGAGUAGUGAAAAGCUCGUCUUUGCCAAUACGUUUUUGUUUUCUUAGUGUUGGGGGGUCGGCGUUUGAAUCUUUGACUUUGACCGCGUUUAGGAUUCAUUUAGAUUUUCUGUUAGAUAACUUAUUGGACUAAUAUUUGUUUUCCUAAACCCCAAAGCUUGUGUUGUUUUUGUAAUAAUGCUAACAGAAUGAUAGCUAUUUCUUGAUGUUAUUAAUGUAUUCCUUUGAUUACUGCCUUCUUUGUUAA